ACACACUGUAUUGUCAAUACUUAUUACUUGUGAGCCUCCAACUUCUCCUCUCUCGAUCCAUCCGCCCAACUCAACUACUUAGCACCUUCUAGUUUCGGCCAUUGGGUUCCUCAUUCUGAUCCCUGAACCCUAACUUCCGGCCUAUUUUUUGGGUUCUUGUAAUGCUUUCCAUCUGAAUUUGUUUUUGUUUUCAGAAACUUGUUUUCUGAAAUCAGGAUUUGAAGGGGCUGCACGGUUCCUGGAAAAUGAGUCCUUAUUUUAUUGGCCUCCUUGUUCCUCUUGUAUUCACUCUUUUGCUGCGGAAUUCCAAGAAUGGGAAGAAAAGGGGGUUGCUUGCCGAUGUAGGCGGGGAACCUGGGUAUGCAAUUCGAAAUUACCGUUUUACUUCCCCAGUGAUGACGGCAUGGGAGGGUAUAUCAACACUUGCAGAUCUUUUUGAGCAAUCGUGUAACCAGCACCGAAGCAAGCGGUUUCUUGGAACUCGAAAAUUGAUUUCAAGGGAAAUGGAAAAGUCUGAAGAUGGUAGGUCAUUUGAGAAGCUUCACUUGGGUGAAUAUGAGUGGUUAAGCUACGGCGAAGCGUUUGAAGCUGUGUGCAAUUUCGCUUCUGGUUUGGUACAUAUUGGGCAUAAAAGGGAAGAACGGGUAGCAAUAUUUGCUGAUACACGAGAAGAAUGGUUUAUUGCACUGCAGGGUUGCUUCAGGCGCAAUGUCACUGUUGUUACCAUCUACGCAUCUUUAGGGGAGGAGGCUCUGUGUCAUUCAUUAAAUGAGACAGAGGUCACAACUGUUAUUUGUGCGAACAAAGAACUGAAGAAACUUUUAGACAUAAGUGGGCAACUGGACACUGUAAAACGUAUAGUCUGCAUGGAUAAUGAGAUGUCAUCUAAUGGCUCAUUGAUUGAGAGGGGCAGCAGCUGGACAAUCACUUCAUUUUCUGAAGUAGAGAGACUUGGCCAAGAGAAUCCUACUGAAGCAGAUCUACCUCUUUCAGCUGACAUAGCAGUGAUAAUGUAUACAAGUGGGAGCACUGGUUUACCUAAGGGUGUAAUGAUGACACAUGGCAAUGUUCUAGCUACAGUUUCUGCUGUCAUGACAAUUGUUCCUGAGCUUGGAAAUAAGGAUGUUUAUUUAGCAUACCUACCGUUGGCUCAUAUUCUAGAAUUAGCAGCCGAGAAUGUAAUAGCCGCUGUUGGUAGUUCUAUAGGUUAUGGUUCUCCUUUGACUCUUACUGAUACAUCGAACAAGAUAAAGAGGGGAACAAAAGGGGAUGCUUCUAUGUUAAGGCCUACGUUGAUGACAGCUGUCCCAGCAAUUCUUGAUCGCGUUCGAGAUGGUGUGCUGAAGAAGGUAGAUGCAACAGGUGGACUAUCAAAGAGGUUGUUUGAUUUGGCCUAUGCACGUCGGUUCUCCGCAAUAAAUGGCAGCUGGUUUGGAGCAUGGGGCUUGGAAAGACACCUAUGGAACUUUUUUGUGUUUCGGAAGGUCCGAGCAAUUUUGGGUGGUCACAUUCGCUUUGUGCUGUCUGGAGGUGCUCCCCUUUCUGGUGAUACUCAAAGAUUCAUCAACAUUUGCCUCGGUGCUCCAAUAGGUCAAGGGUAUGGUCUUACUGAGACUUGUGCUGGUGGGACAUUUUCAGAGUAUGACGACACAUCUGUUGGCCGUGUUGGUGCUCCACUUCCUUGCUCAUUUAUUAAGUUGAUAGAUUGGCCUGAGGGUGGAUAUUUAAUAAUGGAUUCACCAAAGCCUCGAGGCGAAAUACUUAUUGGGGGCCCAAAUGUUACUGUCGGAUAUUUCAAAAAUGAGGAGAAAACAAAGGAAGUGUACAAGGUUGAUGAAAGAGGAAUGAGGUGGUUUUACACAGGUGACAUAGGGCAGUUUCAUAGUGAUGGUUGCCUUGAGAUAAUAGACCGUAAAAAGGAUAUAGUUAAGCUUCAGCAUGGAGAAUAUGUCUCACUGGGAAAGGUUGAGGCUGCCCUAAUUGUCAGCCCCUAUGUUGAAAAUAUUAUGUUGCAUGCUGAUCCUUUUCAUAGUUACUGUGUGGCGCUUGUGGUUGCUUCACAGUCGGCGUUGGAGGGCUGGGCUUCGAAGCAAGGAAUUGCUUUUGUUGAUUUUGCAGACUUGUGCCAAAAGAAAGAAACCGUGACUGAAGUGCUUGCGUCACUUGUGAAGGCAGGAAAGCAGGCGCGCUUGGAGAAGCUUGAGAUCCCUGCGAAGAUCAAACUGCUUUCCGAACCAUGGACUCCCGAAUCAGGCCUCGUAACUGCAGCGCUUAAGCUCAAGAGAGAAGUCAUCAGGAAAACAUUUUCAGAGGACCUUGCUCAGCUAUACAGAUCAUGAAUCUUAUCAAAAAGACGGUCUUGCGGAAAUUACAAGGAAUUUUCUUUCUUAAGGUGCCACUGAUUAUCCCGUACAACUUUUCUUUUUAUAUUUUCAGCAUCUUGGAUUUCUUCUUUACCCUUUGUGGAAGAAGUAAUUUCGGGAAAAAUUACGAGGGUGACUAUUUAUUUUACUUCUUGUAGAGGAAAAAUUACGAGGGUGACUAUUUAUUUAUAAAUGUACAAAUUUAUAAUUUUGUAUGAAUGUUUCAGUUGGACUUUGAAA